AUGCGUCUCACUUCUCUCGCUCUCGUCCCUUUGCUCGCAACUGCCGCAUCGGCAAACCUCGCCGCUGAUGCCCUUGGAUGGGCAGGUGAACUCGUCUCUGGUGGUGGUGGUGGCAAAGUCGCAGCUAAAGAUGGGGAAAUGAGAACAAUGGAUAGUUGGAGUUAUGUCGAUUGUGGUCUCGCUACCGACGCUGUUCAAAUCAAAUCAAUUCACGUCACCCCCGAUCCUCCUGUUCCAGGAAAGAACCUUACUGUAGAAGUAGAAGCAGAUGUUAUUGAGGGUAUCAAGGAAGGCGCAUAUGCCGAUGUUACUGUCAAGCUCGGUUUGAUCAAGUUGUUACAAAAGCAAUUUGACGUUUGUGAAGAAGCUCGAGGUGCCAAUGCUACAGUCCAAUGUCCAGUCGCUCCUGGCCCUUACAAAGUUAAACAGACUGUUGAACUUCCUAAAGAGAUUCCAAAGGCCAAAUUUUCAGUUCAAGUUAGAGGUUAUACAGAUGAAGAUGAAGAUAUGGUUUGUCUUGAUCUCUUCGUUGAUUUCAUGAAGAGACCUGGUGGAGUCAAUUAA